CGCGUGUACCAUCAUUAUGUCUUACCCCUGGUGGCAUGGGAGCAGAACGUUGGCUUUAUUUAUUUAUUUGUUUAUUUAUUUAUUUAAUUAAUUAUUCGGCGAGUGUCGCGCUAUCCGUUCACUUUGGAGGCGGCCGUCGUCCUCCGCUUCUCACCCGCCACCCCCCUUUGACGCAUGUACCCCACCUUCCUCGAGCUUCCUCCCCCUCAAUUAUCGUCCUCCGGCCCACCGUAAGGAGCGCAGUGCGAGUGGUCACACUCCGGAUGUGCGCUCGGUCCUUCACAUUUCCAGAACGGGGGAUGUCACGGUGUGGAGCGCUGUGGACAGACGGACGCCAACAGGGCGACAUGGUAUACGCGGUCUGCGGCGCGAGGACUGCCCAGAGGAACCUUUAACUAGAAAAAACCGAGGCUUUCUGACUGCUUAAUGGUAAUUUGAAGGAAGAUGGACACCUCACCAUCCAAACUUGGACCAAAGAAAAGAGUGAAGAUUCACCCUAAGACAGUCACUGUUAAGUAUUCAUCCCAUUACCCACAACCUGGAGAUGACGGCUACAAUGACACUCUGUCUUUUGAAGAAAGUGGAAACUUUGUAGAUGAUAAUCCCAGCAACACUUUGCUAACUGAGGGUAAAAGAUAUGGAAGGACUUUUUUUGGCACAAUGGAUGCCCGUCCCAAGUCCCUGGAUGAGCCAGGAGACAACGGAAUCAGUCAGCAGCUACAGGGCUUUGCAGAUAGCUCCGUGUUCAACUCCAGAGUGACGUGGGCAGCCCUGUUUGGAGCUGCCCUGGCUCAUGGAUGCGUUGCUCUGGUCACCAGACUGGCAGCUGACCGCUCUAAUGUGCCGUCCUUGGAACUACUCUUUAUUCGUUCAGUCAUUCAGGUGUUUUCAAUAAUUGUCGUCUUUUAUUACCAAGAGCCCCCACUUGGACCUAAAGGAUACAAAUUGUGGCUCUUUUUCUAUGGAGUAUGCAAUGUCAUAUCUAUUACCUGUGCUUACACAUCCUUUGCAAUCGUGCCACCUAGCAAUGGCACCAUCAUGUGGAGGGCAACAACUACGGUGUUCAGUGCCAUAUUAGCUUUUCUUCUAAUCGAUGAAAGAUUGGCUUACACAGACAUUGUGACUGUGGUGAGCAGUGUCUUUGGCCUUUGUCUUGUAAUGAUUCCCAACAUUGUAGAUGAAGAUAAGUCUUUAUUGGGCUUUUGGAAAGAAGCAUUUGGAUACACCAUGACUGUCAUGGCAGGGUUAACUGCUGCCCUGUCCAUGAUUAUUUACAGAGCCAUUAAAGACAAGGUCAGCAUGUGGACGGCUCUUUUCACAUUUGGAUGGACAGGUACAGUUUGGGGAGCUUCUACUAUGUUUGUCCUCCAAGAGCCUAUUAUACCUUUGGAUGCAGAAACCUGGGGCUAUCUUAUUGCCAUUUGUAUUUGCUCCACCGUUGCUUUCUUAGGUGUAUACUAUGCUUUAAAUAAAUUUCAUCCAGCUCUGGUGAGCACAGUCCAACAUUUAGAAAUUGUGGUAGCCAUGACCCUUCAGCUUUUAGUGUUACGUAUGAUCCCCUCUGUUUAUGAUGUCAUUGGUGGUGCCAUAAUAAUUCUCAGUGUCUUCAUCCUUACAGGAUAUAAGCUUUAUUGGGUCAGACGAGGAAGGAGGCAGGAUUAUGAAGAGAUACUUGAUUCUCCCAUUAAGUGAUUGCAAUAGAUUAUUUUCUUUGUUUGAAAUGUCUGUGUUGCAGUGGAAGAUUCAGAUGAAUAUUUGAAUUAAUCUUAUUGCUCAUAUAUGUACUGUACAAAUAUAUUUUGUAUUGUGACGUCAAGAGUACCAAUUGUGUAUUGCUCUUUAUAACUGUUUAGUGUCAAAUAAAGCAAAGAGCAAAAAUUGCAA